AUGUCUCGACUGUUCCAGAAGAAGGAUGAAGGAUCCCACAGUCAGAGGGACUGUGAUGCCCUGUCUCUGGAAUCCAAAAGUGGCAUCGCAUUUUUAUCGUUCAAAGCCGUGCCAGCGCCUAGGAAGGAAGAGGAGAAGCUGUGCAUCUCGUUGCCGAAUCUUUCCUUCAUGCCUUUGCCAAUCAAGGUUCCUUGCUCAGCUCCUAUCGCCGUUGCUACGGAAGAAGACAAUCACAGCAGUGGAUUGAACUCGAAGAUGGCUUCAGGCGACGAUCCUCCUUGUAAAUCAUUUGCCUCAAAGUUCCGCCAAAAGCAGAUUACUACUAGCAUGCCACAUAGCCUGAUGAAGGAUGAUUUUGUACGAGCUCGAGAAAGCCGCCAUUCCACUAGCGAGGGAUCAUCUUCAGGAUCAGCCCACACUUUAAAGUAUCAUACUUGGUCUGAUGUUGUAGGUGGAAGACAGAAGGGGAGGAUAUACGGCUUGGGUUCACAGGGCUAUGCAUAUGAGGGCAGUUCAUCCACCUCAGCAUUUUAUGAUCCAAGUACUGGAGUUGAAGAAACUCCGGUGAAUUACCGACGGUUUACCGACGCAACCCGGCGGUUAAGUAUCCUCACGCCGACCGCCGAAACCGCUGGUAAGCCUUCGUUGCAGGACCGCCGGUACGCCGUCGGUAUCUUGACCGGCGGUACGUCGGCCGGAAAACCGCCAGCACAAAAGCAAUGGAAUAACCGGCGGUUUAAGCCGCCGGAACGCCGUUGGCGAAUUAAGCCGUCGAAAACAAAGAAUUGCGACCUUGACGUAUUGCGAGUACUAGGUUCAGGAACCUUUGGAGCAGUCUAUCAUGGUAAAUGGAGAGGAGCUGAUGUUGCCAUAAAGAAUAUCCAAUAUAUAUAUUUUGCUGGAAAAUCUUGGAUACGAGAACGGACAGUAUCUGACUUUUAAGAUGAAAUGUUCAUUCUUACUAAUUUGCACCACUCAAAUAUUAUAGCAUUUUAUGGUAUUGUUUGGGAUGGCCCUGAGGGAUCUUUUGCAACCAUCACUAAAUAUAUGGUUGACGGUUCACCACGAAGUGCACUUAUAAACUAUAGUGAGUUUCUUGAUAAAAGGAAACGACUAUUAAUUGCCAUAGAUGUGGGUUUUGAGAUGGAAUAUCUACACGAUCAAAAUAUUAUUCUUUUUUAUUUGAAAAGUGACAACUUGCUUGUUAACUUGAGGGAUCCUAAUCGACCAAUAUGCGAGGUCGGUGAUUUUGGCCUUUCAAAAGUUAAGUGUAGCACCUUAAUAUCAUGUGUCAAUGCAUGUGGAACAAUCCCUUGGAUGACACCUUAGCUUAUGAAUGGAAGAAGAUUUUGUCUCCGAAAAGCUGAUACUGUGAUGUGGGAGCUUCUUAUGGGCAAAGAGUCAUAUGCUAGCAUACCUGAUGAAGCAAUUAUAUUGUAG